CCCGAGAAUAUUGCUACAUUUAGCACUUGCAGUUGAAACAUUUCAACAAUCUAUCCCAGUCUGGUUGGAGAACAAAAAGAGGAUGGAGGAGGAGAAUAAUACUCCUACUUCUUCACUGAGGACUCCAUUGACUCAAAUAAAUGGUCCCAUCUUUGAUAGCAAAGAAGCAUUUUUGGAGGAACUUAGAAAGCAACUAUGGCUGGCUGGACCUCUGAUUUCAGUUUCUCUCUUGCAGUUUUGUUUGCAGCUAAUUUCAGUUAUGUUUGUCGGCCAUUUGGGUGAACUCGCUCUCUCCGGUGCUUCCAUCGCCACCUCCUUUGCCUCUGUCACCGGUUUUAGCUUGCUCAUGGGAAUGGCGAGUGCUUUAGACACGCUGUGUGGUCAGUCGUAUGGAGCCAAGCAAUACCACAUGCUCGGUAUCCACGCUCAGAGAGCCAUGUUUGUUCUUCUCCUAGUCUGCAUACCCCUCUCCAUAAUCUGGGCAAAUACCGGUCCCAUCCUCGAAGCAUUAGGCCAAGAUCCCACCAUCUCCAUGGAGGCGGGGACCUAUGCUGGCUACAUGAUCCCCUGUGUCUUUGGAUACGGCAUACUGCAAUGCCAAGUCAGGUUCCUGCAGACUCAGAGCAUCGUGUUCCCAAUGAUGAUAAGCUCCGGAAUCACAACUGUGGUGCACCUCGUUGUGUGUUGGAUUCUUGUGUUCGAGUCUGGACUUGGUAGCAAGGGAGCUGCUUUGGCUAGCUGUGUAUCUUACUGGCUCAAUGUUCUGCUUCUCUCUCUUUAUAUCAAGUUCUCUCCGUCUUGCUCCAAGACAUGGCCUGGAUACUCAAGGGAAGCCCUGCAAGAUGUCCUCAAUUUCAUCAGACUCGGCUUCCCUUCUGCAGUGAUGGUUUGCUUGGAGAGUUGGUCUUUUCAGAUGAUGGUACUGCUGUCUGGUCUGCUUCCGAAUCCGGCACUGGAAACAUCUGUUCUUUCAAUCUGCCUUAAUACGUCUUCGACGGUUUGGAUGAUACCUUUUGGGCUCAGUUGUGUUGUAAGCACGCGGAUAUCAAAUGAGCUUGGUGCCGAGCACCCACAAGCAGCUCGUCUAGCUCUGCAUGUGGUGCUAGUAAUGGCACUCACGGAGGGCGUUGUACUCUGGCUGGUUCUUGUUGUAAUACGCGAUGUGUGGGGAUAUGCUUACAGCAACGAGGCAGAAGUUGUGACAUAUGUAGCAAAAAUGAUGCCUAUUCUUGCUACAUCCAACUUGAUAGAUAGCCUCCAGUCAGUAUUAUCAGGGGCCGUUAGAGGAUGCGGAUGGCAGAAAAUUGGGGCGUGCAUCAACCUCGGAUCGUAUUAUCUUGUGGGCAUCCCUGUGUCCAUCUUGCUAGCGUUCGUUGCGCAUGUAGGAGGAAAGGGUCUGUGGAUGGGGAUUAUAUGCGCGCUGUUGGUUCAAGUCGUUUGCCUUUCGAUCAUCAUGUUACGGACUAACUGGGAACAUCAAACAUACAAGGCCAGAGAAAGAGUCUAUAACUCCACCAUUCCAGUGGACGCAUUACGGUGAUGAUGGUGCCAGACCGCUACUCGGCCACUCCCGCAACGCAGCGGGCUACACGCUCCACCCCAGCUUGUGUUUCAUCACCCAUCUUUUUCUAGCGUUGUGCGUCUCCUAUCAAGUUAAAAUACACUCAUUGGCCUCCCGCGAUAUUAUUCUCAAAGUAAAAAAUGCAGUAUUAGAUUUUUCGUUGUUAA